AUUCACUAGAGAAGAAGAAUAGAAAUAUGCAGGCGUUUAGUAAACAGUUCUUUUUUCAAAUAUGAUUACGACGUGAAGUGAUAGUCGUGCGUUUCGUUGAUUAUUCUAAUGGUAUAGAGAUCAAAAGCAGGGUUCGUGUUCAAAGGUUUCAGGGAUCAAAGAAUAGAAUAGCAUAUAGAAAAUUAUGUUCAUCUCAUGUAUACAAUCGUAUAACCUCUCGUAAAAUUAUCACUCUGUGCCAACGAUCCGUUUAUUGUUAAAGCUCGACGAUAUCGGCGAUAAUAUGUUAAUGAACAGGUUUGAGAUUGCGUUAUUGAGCUUUUUACUUAGCAUUGUAUAAUGCUAUAAACCAUAGAGAUGUUACGACGAAACAGGUUGAAACAUAGAGUAAUACCCAUUGGUAUCAUUGUUCUCAUGACAAUAUAUUACAAUGAAUUUGCUGUGUAUGAAGUACAAAAAUUCAAAUGGGCCAUGCGAGAAUGCUCAGAAUGUGUUAAGGUUCUUCUUGUUGCCGAUCCACAAAUACUUGGGGAAAGAUUUGAAAAUUAUUUUGGCUCAUGGAUAGCAAGAUGGGAUAGUGAUAGGUACUUAGAGAAAACCUUUUCGAAAGCAUUAAAAUUUUCUCAGCCGCAUGUUAUUGCCUUCUUAGGUGAUCUUAUGGACGAGGGCCAUGUAGCUAAUGUAGAAGAUUUUGAAAAGUACAAAAGGAGGCUGGAUUCAAUAUUUUCGAUGCCAGAUGACAUAAUGAAAAUUUAUUUGCCAGGUGACAAUGACAUUGGAGGUGAAGAUGAUCGUGUUUCUGCUAGCAUUCACAAAAGAUUUAAUUUUGCAUAUACUCAGCCGGAUACGUUAAUUUACAAGACCGUUACCUUUUUCAAAGUGAAUAGAUUGACACACACGAUGCCAGAAGCGCCAAAGGAUGCAUUUCUCAAUGAUUAUGCAGAAAGAAAUACGACCAAUGUUAUUCUUAGCCAUAUGCCUUUAUUAUUUACACCUGGGAAUUUUGUGCAAAGUGUACUCAAAGAGUUGUCACCUCAAAUAAUUUUUACCGCGCAUGAACAUAAAGCAAUGCACAUAAGUCUGGACACGGCGACAGAUCAAUUGAGCGAUGUUUGGAUUCUACCGCCGUACGAGACGCAUCUAUAUCAACUAAGGAUGGACGUAGGGGACAUUCAUGAAGUACAAAUACCAACCUGUUCUUACAGAAUGGGUAUGCCACAUAUGGGUUAUGGACUUGUCUACAUAGAUACUCAGGAGAAGACCGUUGACUUUACGAUUUUGUGGCUACCAAAUAGAUUCUCGCAGUUACGGCUUUAUAUAUUUAUCAUUGGAUUGAUUAUCGUACUUGCCGCUUGUUCUUUCAUCUCAUCUUGUUAUGUGAAGAGCUACGCUACUUAUAAUCGCAUACCUUCCGCAUAGGAUAGCGUUUAAUCAAAAGUACUUACCUGGCUUAUUGAAUUAAUUUGGAGUUGUAAAUUAGGUACCUUAUUUGGAGUUGUAAAUUAGGUAUCUUAUUUGGAAUUGUAAAUUAGGUACCUUAUUUGGAGUUGUAAAUUAGAUACCUUCGUAUCCGUCCAGACAUGGUUCUUCGUUAAAUGCGGAAGAAAGCAAGAAUAACAGUUGUUUAUUAACUAUCAUAUAUAUCAACUAUCAAACAUGACAACUGUAACAAGACUUAAUUAUUAACUUUGAAAAAUCUUAGAUUUAGUCCGAAGCAGCAUAUCUUUAGGAAAUUUCCUUUCCUAAAUCUAUAACGUGUUACUUAUGAAUGAUAUAUUUGUUGAUCUUAAUCAUUGUUAUGUAUAUACAACAUGACGGAAACUUAAUGCCAAACACUUGAUUAACUGCUCUGGCUUUGGGUAUAUAAAAUCUUGACUGAUAUUCGAAU